GCACAGAGAGUGAAUACUGUUUACUCAAACCAUAAUAAUUAUAACUAAUUAACAUUGAAUGUACUCAACCAUUAUGCAUGAUUGAAAUGAGUGAAUGUUUAGAAUAAACCAAUAUCUUAUAAUUAAGAUAAAAAACAGCAAACGUUACAUUGUUCGUAUAUACAUUAAAAUUAUUUAUCUCCAUCGUUCUGAAAAAAAAAACUCCCAUUUUCAUUUAAGUUUAUACUGUUCAGCUGCACUUCAACCAAUUUCAGAAUAUUUUAUACGCUUUCAGCAAAAUGGGUAUUUAGUGCUCCAUUAAGCAUUUGACGCAAAAUAGACGAAACUCUGCAACAGAAUCACCUAGCUGUGCUUCUGCGUUCUCCACGAACACUUGUCGUAGCUGCGAAUGUGCGUUAUAGACACCCACUAAGUGUAUAUAGACAUUUCUUCUCAACGGCUUAAGCCGCAGUGUCCGGAUCGUGGAAUACCUAUUACUUUUUUCCAAUUCUCCCGACAAACCUCUCUUGCUCUUCUGCGAACUUUCGCAUGUACAAAGAGACACGCUUGGCUCACCAACACAGAUGGUCAGAGAAAAAAAAACUUGCGCGCCGUUGUGUACGAAGGUUUAUGAAGCAGAAUUUUAAAAUUAUACCAAAAAUUCAUAAAACGAAGAAGACGGAGAUUUUUCUCAAUGUGGUCUGCACGGAGCUAGUGCGUACCGAGUGUCAAAGCUGUAUGGUUUGUUAUGGAAAACCAAAUCGAUAGCUUCCAAUAUUGUUAUCCUGUGUAAAUUAUACAUUUUCCUGUAUUCGAAAUAGUGCGAAACGCUUUAUCGGGUCCCGGAGAAGAGUCUUUCGUUUGAAAUCACGAGUAGGCGCGAAUAUGCGUGCAUAAAAACCUGCGAUAAAUCGGACGAAUAUAAGCUGCUAUUCGAGUAUCUUUGGCUGAGCGCAAUGGUGAUAUACUUACUGGACAUUGGCAGUUGUUUAGUUUUCCGUGUUAGUGGGUGAUUAUCCGACCAAUCUAAACAGGAUCAUUGGUUUUGAGUAUCCUAUUAUAUAACAUCCUAAAAAGGAUUCUUGUGGAAUACAAACCUUCGUUUUCUGCGUAAAAAUAUUCAUUGAUUGGUGUUUGCAGUUGCUAGUGUAGGAAUCAUGUGACAUUGUGGAAUUCUAGAGUGAUAAAAAAAAUUAAGCUUGUGCUAAAAAUAACGAGGAAAGCCAAAGUGAAAGGAGAAUAUAAUAAAUGGGCAACGCUGCAUGUUGAUUUAAAGCACCAGAAAGCAAUAUGCGAGAUAUUGUCAUUUGAGUGAUGUUUCCAGUGAAUCAGGAUACGACAAUCUGUUUAAUACUCUUAACUUGCAAUGGCAAAUCAUCUUCUGGAACUCAGUAAAAUGAAGAUGCCCAUGAAUUCAAAUAAUAAUUGCUGGAUUCAAGUACACCGGUAAACGAAAAUCCGUGCGAAAUGAACAAUGAUUGUUAAAAAUACCAAAAAAGUGAUGCUAUUAUUUGCUAGAAAAAUGUUUGUCUCGGAUAAAAAUAAUUUUCGCAAUAAUUAAAUACUGCACCAGUGAGAAAUACAACAGGAGAGUCUUGACCUAUUCUAAAUAUACCCUUCAAGUUUGAUUUGUCUACUUAGACGAUUGUCGUGAUGGUUAUGAUGGAAUAUAAUUAUCCGCCAGACAAUAAUAUCGGUAUAUUCGUUCUGUGUUGACACACGAGGCAGAAGAAAAUCUCGAGUUCAGGUGUGUGCCACAGAGGAUUGGAUUAACUACUGGCUAUUGAAUUUGAUUCAUCAUGCUCGAGAACAAUGAGCGAUCGUGCUCAUAUUAACUUCAAGUUUUAAAAUUUUAAGAACUCGUUAAAGUGAUCUUUUUUUUUCAAAGUGAUUUUAUGCUAUAAACUUGGUAGUGCAUCAUGAUUAAACAGAAAUCAGAAGACAUGCAGCUAGAAGGCAUCGAUCCUCUAGUAUCACCGAAUAGUAAACGAAGGAAUGAAUCAACUUUACGACAACUUCAAAAUGACGUGAUGGGGAAAGCUCGGUCAACACUGAGCAGUUUAGGCGAUGUUUUAAAAGGAAGUAAAAGUGCUCCAAACACUCCAGUUACAAGUGGAUCCGGAAAUGAACCGUUUUAUAAGCUAUCAACAAACGAAAUGGGCCCAGACGAAACAGAACAACAGUUUGCAACACCUCCGAGAAGCCCGAAAACUCAAAAAGACAAAAGUACUUUGGACUUUUUUCCGUGGUCUAAAACAAAAGGUAAAGAAAGUUCUAAAAGUGUUAAAAAAGAAAAACUCAAACCCCAACCAUCUCAGCUUAGUGAUGUUUACGAAGAAGAGAUUGACGAUGAACAAAACAAUUUUCCAACGUCUACAUCAAAUUUACCCAUGACCGGGGCAGUGAAGAAGAAACCUAUGACUGAUAAUAUACCUUCAGUACGCCAUCAAGCGCAAAAUCAAAAACAAAAACAUAGAUAUUCAAAUGAAUAUUCUGAAGAAACAGGAGAUUAUAAAAAUGAGCAUGAUCUGAGCCGAUCUAUGGAAGAUGGAAUACAGUAUAUACAUCGUGAUAAUUUACGCUGCAAUGAGAAAUACUAUGACAGUCGCCCGAGAUCAUACAAUGAAAAAUAUUCACAGAAUUAUAAUCAUGGAUAUCAAUCACGUGGUUUUGCAGAAUACGGUGAACAAUAUGAAGAGGAUUAUAGCCAAAAUACAAAAGGCAGUCGAAAAUCAUCGAACCCUUCAAGUCCUGCACCAAUAAAGCAUAUAUUAUUCAACGAAGAGAAAGAUAUCCUCUACUAUAAAGAUAAUCAACGGCUAUCGAAAACAAAAUCGUUAAGUGAUCAUUACAGCAAGGAUAAGCAGAAAAAUAUUCCGUUCAAAACUUCAUCAACGAGAGAUAAUAGGAAAGCUCAAGAUUCGACUCCUUUACCAAUACGGAAAGCUUCAAGAGAUGAAAAACCAGUGAAUGCCACUAGUGCUUAUCAUGGGAAUAUGGAUCUUACACCGAAUAAACCCGGUAUAAAACCAUCUAGAGCUGCGACUAAUGUGGAGGACAAAACAAGGAUGAGUCAAAAAUCAGCCAUAUCUAAACCCGGACUAUCUAGGGAUUAUUCAAUAGAUUACAGAUACCCAUCAAGUGAUAUGCAAAUGGAAUCAAUUCCGUACGGCACCACAACGGAUCAACGUGCUGUGCGUUCGAUGCAGUUUUCCAACGACGAUUCAAAUGACAAAAAGUACAAUAAAAAGAUAUGCUUUCAAGAACCAACGUUUGACGAAAAAAUCAAAUGUGAUACACUUCCUCGCAGCAGAAAGAAUAUUAGGAAAUUAGAGUGCGAUCAAAACGUUAAUGAAUACUUAGAUAAAGAAAUGCUACGCCCACGUAGUGGGAGCCUAGAUUCAGACCUUGAGUCACAAGCAAUGCGUAUUGUACGAACAGUCGGGCAAGCGUUCGAGGUUUGUCACAAGUUAUCCACGCAAGAUAGUGGUGACCACGCUGAUGAGCACUCGGAAUUAUCUCACUGUGAUGUAUCCGAACAGGAUCGAAGUUUCGAUAGAAUUAGCGACGAGGGAGAAAUUAAAAAAGACAAUGUAACAUCACGUCAAGAAUCACCACGGCAGCUCAGGCCCACACAUCUGGAUUUAGAAUCAACUGCAAAUCUCAUAUCAUCCCAGCGAUCACCUGAUUCAUCGGAAAUACUCAAAAAGACUCCUCUUUCUGCAUCAAAAGAGAUAAUAAACCUAAAAGAGCAGCUAGAUCAACAGCAACUCAAUACAAGACAAGUCCUGACUCAACUAAUGCUUGUUCGAGAACAACUUAUUAGUGAAACCAAUGCUAGAAUCGAAGCACAGGCUCGUAUUCAGCAACUACUGCAGCAAAAUCGUGAAUUGCUUGAACAUAUUGCUUCUCUUGGAGGGUACCAUGAGCCUGAUCGACCUGCAAUAUCUACAACAGCUAUCGGGUUAGCUCCUCAGUAUCCUUAUUUUCAGAAUAAUCAAAUGCUCAGCGAUAUCCUCAGCUUAGGCAGUUUGGGUCAUCAUUAUCCUUCAAUGCACCACUUUACCAAAGCUAGUCAACCAACAGUGACUACUUUACAACAAUCUCUAAAUAACACUACUAGUGGAAGUUAUUCAACACUCAACCAAUUGCACAAUUUACAGUCCUCACCUAGUAUGCUUGGUUCAACGGUUGGAUCACUUUCAACACAAGAACUUUUAAAACUAAAUCAAAAUAUUCUUAGUCAAAUAACGAGUUCCAAUAUAAGCUCCAUGUAUCCCACAAUGCCUACGACAAAUAUUGGAUCAAAUCAGCAACAAGCAAAUACUUUUAUGUAUGCUAAUCAGAACGCUCCUGGUUUUAGCUCUCAUGCAAUUGUUACUGAUGGCGCAAAAUCACCAUCUGCAAAUAAGACAACACAUAUGGACUUUCAACUUAACCGUACUGAUCAACAUGUGAAUCCAAGCAAUGAUAACAUCGAUCGCAAAACUGAUCAAAUCGAUGCAGAAUCACAACGAGACAAUCAAUCAUUUGCAAGUGAACCAACGCAAUUCAUUAAACCGUUAUCGCAAGUUGGAACCCUAACCACGAUGGAUACUGAUGGAAAAGUCAAAGUUAUUGUACCUGUUAACCCUAACGAACAAAUGGAAGUUGCAAAAACGCCAACCAGAAAAUCUGCCUCAUUUAUGGAACUGUCCGGCAGCGCAUGUAAUGAAGGUAGCAGUAAAAAUGUGUCAAUACUCAAAGAUUCAAAAGAGAAGCAAACUUCCAUUCCUGGCUUGGUAACAUUGAAAGUAACUGAUGAAAGCGGAACUGUUACUCGCAGGUUACCUGCGACACCAAGCUUUAUUACUCGUAGUACUAGUGAAAAAGUUCCAAAUCGUAGUCAAAUAAUGAGCCAAGUUCAACGCACACAGUGGGCCCGUCAUACUACAAAGUAAAAUGCCGGUGAACAUGCAGCAAAAUGUAGCAGUAAGAUUUUGUAUUAUAACAGGAGUAACCCGAAAAUAAAAAUGCAAACUAAAAUUAGCUAUAUGGAAAAGAUACAAUAAAAUAAAAUGUUUAUUUUCUAUGCUUUUAUUGUCAUAUCCGAUUAUCAUCUGAUCAUUAGACCCGCGAAGUGUUGGUUUUCCAGUAUGUGUAGAUCAAAUGAAAAGGUCGCAUCAUCAUUUUUUUAACCAACAACUUUACCUUCCGUAACUUGCGCGGUUAGCCACCUCAGCCAAAAACACCACACUUAUGCUGAAUACAAAAAGCGACAUUUUUUCAACGUGUUGUACAAAAUACAACAACGCGAUCACUCGAGGGUUAACCUUUCAGGACAUGCGCCUGUUUGAGCCCAGAACAGCACCGCGCACACGCUGUAUAGGGUAGCGAGCCAUUUGAACAGUGGCCGGUAUUUUGGGCACUUUUCACUAUAAUUCAAUUACAAACCAAUUAACUUGAAAUUUUGUAAACGGCUAAAUACCAUUAGACUUCGCCACUGCUCUAGUCUUCACUCUCUCAAUACAAAAUUCAUUUUUUAUGUUUGAAGUGGCGAAGAUUGAAGCAGAAUUUUAGGGGGGGGGGCGAAGUCUAGUGUUUUUACCCUAUACGUAUCUCACCGCGUUUCAAAAAUUGUGUCAAUUGGUUUGAAAUUGGCUGAGUUAUAGCAGUGUCAAAAAUAGGAGCCCUGCCGAGAUGGUUCCACUUCUCUACGACUAGCGAGGUUUUUUAAUUUUUAUUUCUGUGCAGUGCUGAAAAAUUCAUUUAGUCAUAACUUAAUUCAACCACCUACAGCUUAUUUUAGAAGCUGAACCAGAGAAUAUGAUAUAUGAAAAACUUGUGCGGCUAGACCAGUUCUGCAAGAAAGUCACUUAAAAACUGCUAUUUUUCGAAAAUUUAAGGUAAAUGUCACGGACUAUCUUCGAAAAAUGCCAUGUAAAAUGGUGAAUGUAAAAUGAGCUGUAGGUGGUUGAAUUUAGAUAUGACUAAAUGAAUUUUUCAGCACUGUUUCUGUGUAUUUUUACUACUGCUGUUUUUUUUGGUAGUGUUGUACUUUUUGCUACAGUGCGCGUCCUGAAUAAUUAAGGAAGAUAGGGAGGUCUGGUUCUGCAAGCUUGUGUAUUUGAACCCCAUUUUAGGGGCCGCUGAUCAACAUCCGAGUGUCAGUGAAGUUCAACUGUGCACCACGGUCUUCCGGAAAGUUAGAGGGUUGCCCGGAUCUGCUAUCCAGCCGUAAAAAAUGCAACGGAAAGUCAGUUAAAAAUAAUGCAAAAGGAGAACAAUGGCAACGAUCGCAGCAAACAAAAAAUGGAUGACAAGUUCAUCAUAGGAGACCUAAAUGCGCGGGUAGACCAGGAGGUAUUCAGAUCGACAAUAGUAAAGUCCAUUGCCCAUGCCCAUUAGCAGAAAAUACGAAGACGACCUACGACUGCUCGAUUAUAUUGUGGAUCUACCGGCUACUUGUAUUCUACCGGUCGCUACAGUAUGGCCUUCAAAGUAGGCGUUUUAUAAAAGGAGUAACUUAAGAAUGAUUUUAAACAUUUUUAUUGAAUGUGCUAUUCCUCGUUGCCACUAGCUACUCAGCGACAUUCAUUUUUUGACAAUCAAGUUGAUUUUGAUAUGAAAACGGCUACUUAAGUAACCGGUAGAAUACAAGCAGCCGGUAAAUCCACAAUAUCGCCAACAAGACCUUUCGUGGCACCUUUUUCGAACACAGCUUUCCUUAUCGUUAGAUUUGGAGAUCACCACAGCAGACUCAAUAUCAAAUCGACCACGUUCUGAUGAACGGCACAUCUUCACCAUAAUCGAUGUCAGGACCUAUUACUCAUAGGUCCUGAGCUAUGACUACUACAUGUGAUGGUCAAGCUGCGUCAAAAACUCUCGAACUAUUCUGCACAAAAUAAAGAUUCUAAAAAUAAGGUAUAAUUAUCCGACAGCCAACUUUGAGCUGUUAUAUCUCCGGAUUCAAUGAACCGAAUGCAUUGAAAUUUUGUCCAUUUAUGACUUAUAUAAUGAGCUUUCAAAAACUUUUGACAAAACUUAAAAUUCUUAACACGGAAGAAAAAAAAAAUUCUUAAAUUUCAACAUCGUUUCAAAAUUUAAGGUACUAAUUAUAGUUCAUUCAAAUUUCCUCUAAUUGUCUUGAAUACAUAUAUGUUUUGAAAGACAGUAACAACAUAGGCGGCAAUUCAUUGAAAAAGGAAUGGGAUGCAUAUUAAAAAUAAGCCAAUUUACUAAAAAAAAUCAUAAAAUUAAUGAAAUCGCUAUAACUUUUUCUCUUGUUAAUAAUUUGAAGUUGAGUCAAACGUUUUUAAGAGCUCAUUAUAUAAGUCAUAAAUGGACAAAAUUUUGUUUCAUUCGGUUCAUUGAAUCCGGAGAUAUAACAACUCAAAGUUGGCUAUCGGAUAAUUUUACCUUUAUCUAAAAUGCUUAUUACUUCGUGCAGAAUAGCCCGAUCUUUUCCAAAUUUUGUCCACUGAUGCACAACUAGUUGAUCAACUUACAAUGACAAUUUUAGAAUAUUUGAUGCAUAUUUCUAAAAGUUACAGCUAAUUGAACUUUUCUUAAAAAGUGACAAUUUUGCCUGUCCCGAUCAUGUUGUCUAUGCCCUGUAUGUUUCGAGCUUGAUGAAACCGGUUAUUCGACAGCACCAUGCGCAGCACUAAACUUGGCUUCAAACCAGCUGUAUGUGAGUUUCAACCGUUUCACUCCAUUGAGAAGAAAACAGUGCGGGCGAUAAUGCUGCAGUGUGGAACUUGGCAGAACGUGGUACGAUACACAAAAGAGGGAACAGCAGUAACACCUCUUUCGAGAAAAAAAAGUCGUCUGAAGGAAGCGAAGUGCGAGAAAAUGGAACUGCUCAACGCAAUCCAACAACGGCUUCAUGCCGCGAGCAAAGAUAUGCAAGGAUUAGGAGGGAAGCAUCUUGACGAAUGGACAUGAGCUUAUCGAAAGGUGGAAGCACCACUUCGAUGAGCACCAAAACGCCAUGGGGAACGUAAGCACGGGGAAACAAGGCAGCGGAGGAAACCUCUACAUCAAACUAAAGAGGAAGGAAAUGUUCAAACACUCACACUGGGGGAAAUUCAGGAUGACAUUCACUUGCUCAAAACCAACAAAA